UUUUUCCGUCCGUCGCUAAAACCCUCAUCAGCCGCCAUGGCCAUGGUCAGAGUAGCCCCUCUUGCGCGGCUCCGUUUAGCUCCGAUGAAACGCCGCCGUUUCUAUGGAUCGGCGGCUCAGCUCCAGUGCGAUUACGAUGACGAGUAUGAUUACAAAGAGAGCUUCUCGGGGACGGAGGAGGAUUCUCUCGGAUCGGUGUCAGGUAGGGGAGUGCAGUGGGUUAUCAUGGGUGAUCCAUUGACAAAUAGGCACAUGUACGCCGAGAGGCUUUCACAGCUCCUCAAAGUACCUCAUAUUUCUAUGGGAACCCUCGUUCGUCAACAACUCCACCCUCGCUCUUCUCUUUACAAACAGAUCGCGGAUGCUGUGAAUCAACGCAAGCUUGUGCCCGAGGAAGUGAUCUUUGGUCUGUUAUCAAAGAGGUUGGAAGAAGGUUUCUACAGAGGUGAAACUGGCUUCAUUUUGGAUGGAAUUCCUCGAACACGAAUGCAAGCUGAGAUUCUUGAUCAAGUUGCUGAUAUAGAUUUGGUCUUAAAUUUCAAAUGCACGGAAGAAUGUUUGCAGAAGAAGCACGUAGGAGGUCAAGCUUGUGCUUCUUACCAAGAUUUUCUUAACGGACGCGACUCAAUGAAGAAUGCACUGGAGGAGUACUACAAGAAACAGAAGAAACUUCUAAACUUCAAUGUGGGUGGUGCACCUGGAGAAACAUGGCAAGGACUUUUGGCAGCCCUCCAUCUUCAACAUAUGAAUGCUCUCAGCUCUUGUUCACACAAGUUGAGUGUAUGAUUUCUUGCACUUCAAAACAAACAAUAUACAAGUAUUUUGCGAGUGUAAUAUAGAUUUGGCAUAUGCUAACAUACCGAGAGUUACAAGAGAAUAAUUUUGUUCUAUCCAUUUUGCUCGAGAGCUAUAGAACUGUGGUAUUGUGUAACGUAGUCUUAGAGAUAUGACCGGGUGCGGUUCAUCAAUUUUGUGCCUUACAUAACAU